UCUGAUCCCUCGUCAUGGUUUUAGCUUUUUGUGUGAGUAGGGUUUUGGUGGGGCAGUAGUAGGCUGACAGAUUUGCUGCCUUCUAUUGAUCGACCGAGCCUUGAAGUGAGUUGCAAGGAACGAAAAACCGGGACCAGGGGAAGAAGCAUGAAUUGAAGCUUUUUAUCCUUCGCGAAAUGGGAGCAAUGGACGAUGCUACCAGUGCGAGUGGCAGGGAUGGUUACCCUGCCGGCACCACGCCGGAAAAUUGCCAGCGCAUGAUCAGCCUCUCUCUUUCUCGCAAUCCGACGGUGAAGUUCUUGCGCGAAGCUCUUACCAAAUCGGGUUGCCCAAUAGACGAAAAGUUCUUUAAAAUCGAACAAUGUUCUAUGAAAGUUGCGGGCGGAUUCAAACAGGAUGAGGGGGUAGUGAUUUGCAGCAAUAAUGUGACUCAUCAAGAGGAGGUGGAUGUUGCAUUGACUCAUGAACUUCUACAUGCUUAUGACCAUUGUCGAGCUGCUAAUCUGGACUGGAGUAAUUGUGAGCACCAUGCUUGUAGUGAGAUUCGAGCAGCUAAUUUGAGUGGAGAUUGCGCAUGGAAACGGGAACUACUGCGGGGGAAUACAAAUAUUCAAAAGCAACAUCAGAUAUGUGUGAGAAGGCGGGCACUUAUAAGCGUGGGCCUGAAUCCAAAUUGCUCAAUGCUUCGAGCAACAUCAGCUAUUGACAGGGUUUGGAAUACAUGUUAUAAUGAUACCCAACCUUUUGAUAGGGUUCCUUAAACUUGUACUAUCAUUGCAUUUAAGUUACGGGUAGAUUUUUUGUGCCUGCAUACAUCGCACAUGAUUAAAUUCUAAUGGGAGAUCAAAUGUGAUGGCUGUGUGGUUUAAGUAAGAAGUGCUUGCUAUUUUGAAUCUUUCUGA